UUUAUCAUACUUGAAUGGCGUUCCAUAAAUCUUCAGCCUGAAAAUGGAAGACGAUUUCACUUGCAUUUCCUGUAAACAAUUGGCUCUGCCGGGAGGAGAGGUACGAGAAGGGAAUCUUCACAUUAUCAUAGAAGAUGGAAAAAUCACAGCAAUCUUGGACCAAGAGACUGAUCUGGUGAAGGGCGCAGUAGAUAGACACUAUGCAGAGAUCGUCACUCCAGGCUUCAUAGACAUUCACCACCAUGGCUUAGGUGGAGCAGAUGAUCUUUUAUUGUUCUGGCAGCAUCCUGAGUACACGCAGCAGAGAUUGCCAAAGUAUGGUGUCACAUCCUUCCUAGCAUCCACUGUCUUUCCUGAGGACUUAGAGGGCGGCAAAGUCUUUGAGACGCUCAAGAUUCUUGAGGGUAUCGUAGGCAAGACAGAUCGGGGAUCGACGUGUGAAGGCAUACAUGCUGAGGGUCCCAUAGUGAAUGACUUUGGCGGCCUACCCCCUGGUGAGCAGAGGAUGCCUAUUGAUAAGUUCACCCAUCUCCUUGAUGCCAUGCCAAGCUGUAAGAUGAUGACCAUCAGUCCCCAUGUAGAUGGUCAAGAUGACUACCAGAGAACUAAGAUACUCCUAAAAAGAGGAAUCGUUCCUGCCCUCGGCCACGACAGGGUAGCCAAAGAAACAGAAAUCCUCGGUGCUUUGAAACUCGACACAUCUCAACAAUUCCAUAUCACACAUCUCCUUAAUGUAUGCAACUUCCAUCACAGGAAUCCAAGUUUAGUAAAUUUUGGAUUGACAGAUCGCUUUCCCUUGUUGCCAGGAUACCAUCAUCUUGCUCCGCCCACAAUAGAAAUCAUCGGCGACCUCUGUCAUGUACAUCCACUAGCUGUAUCCAACGUGCUCAGUGCCAGGCACUACAGUCAGGUAGCCUUCGUCUCAGACUGUACAGCUGAAGCUAUCCCUAACAUGAAGAUGUCCUACAGCAACAGAGAAAUGCAGGUAUCCCCUGAUGGUAAAUAUUUGGUGGUGAGCGGUACGACCACGCUAGCAGGCUCGUGCUGUUCAUGUCUAGAUGCUUUCAGAUCUCUAGUUAAAGUCUUUCAGGUGGGACUAGGCAAAGCUGUGGCUAUGGUAGCAGAGAACCCAGCAAGGAUUGCCAAACUGAAAGGGGUAGGUCAGAUCGAAGUUGGAAAGAGAGCCGAUCUCCUGCUCUUUGACAUCGAUCUCAAUCUCAAGAAGACAUUCAUCUGUGGUAAUGUCAAGUACAGUGCAACGUGAGAAAA